AUGGACGCAAAAGUUGCCCGUCAGCUUAAAAUUAAUCUUGGUGCCGUCAAGAGACUCAUCAAGGAGAAGGCCAGUUAUGAGCAAGAGGCCAAGGAAGCAGCUGAUAAUGUCCAGAAUACAACACAAGAACCAGGCACAUACGAAUACAAGAAACUUGUUGAACUUCGUGAAGAAGCUGAAGCAAUGAUCAAAGAUUGCGAGCGUAGACUUAAGGACUUUGUUGGUAAGCUCCAAGCUUCAUUAAAUGAAGCUAAUGGCUUCCCAGAUGAUCCAAAUGUCAUCGAAGCAAAGCAAGUCUUAGAAUCUAUUAAAUAA